AUAAAAAGACUUUCAAAACUCAAUCCCUCAUGUAAAUCUAAAAACCAUUAAUUAAAUAAUAUCUUAUCAUUACUUAGGUCUAUAGAAAUAAAAAGUAAGAAUUGAUGGAUGAUUUAAAUAUAUUGAUCCAAAUAAAUCUAAAUGUAAAUUUUAUUGAGAGCUAGAAAAGGAUGACUGGUGAGUGGAAAAGAAAAAAUGGCUACUUAUUAAUAUGCUUUGGGCGGCUCUUUUAGGGGCAUAUAUUAUUUUUUGGCUCGAGAUAGAUAUACACUUGCAGAGCGAGAGAGAGAGAGAGAGAGAGAGAGAGAUGGAGAGAGACAUCGACGAUCUGCCGAAGAACGACGCGAACUACACAGCCCUUACUCCGCUGUGGUUUCUGGAGAGGGCGGCGGUGGUUCAUCCGGAGAGAGAAUCGGUGGUGCAUGGCUCUCGCCGCUACACCUGGCUCCAGACUUACCGCCGAUGUCGUCGCUUGGCUUCCGCUCUUAGCUCCCGCUCCAUCACCCUGGGCUCCACGGUGGCAAUAAUUGCACCAAACAUCCCUGCAUUGUAUGAGGCUCAUUUUGGAAUUCCGAUGUCUGGUGCUGUGGUGAACGCUGUCAACAUUCGUUUAAAUGCUCCAACCAUUGCAUUCCUUCUAGAGCAUUCAUCAGCAGCAGUUGUAAUGGUGGACCAAGAGUUUUUUCCUUUGGCAGAGGAAGCCUUGAAAAUUUGGGCAGACAAAAGCAAAAACAAUUUUAGGCCUCCGCUUCUGAUUGUCAUAGCUGAUGAAAGCUGUGAUCCUGAAGGCCUAAAAUAUGCUUUAAGAAAAGGGGCAAUUGAAUAUGAGAAAUUCCUUGAAACUGGUGACCCUGAAUUUCCUUGGAGACCACCGAAGGAUGAGUGGCUGAGUAUUUCUUUGGGCUAUACUUCUGGGACAACAUCCAGUCCUAAGGGGGUGGUUUUGAGCCACCGAGGGGCAUAUCUCAUGGCUUUGAGUGCUGCUCUUAUAUGGGGGAUGAAUGAAGGAGCUGUGUAUCUGUGGACUCUGCCCAUGUUCCAUUGCAAUGGUUGGUGUUACCCUUGGUCACUUGCCGCUCUCUGUGGAACAAACAUAUGCCUCAGAAAGGUCACAGCCAAAGCAGUAUAUGCAGCCAUAGCCACCCAUGGUGUAACUCACUUCUGUGCUGCACCUGUUGUUCUUAACACCAUUGUCAAUGCUGCACCAAAUGAAACCAUCUGCCCUCUGCCCCGAGUUGUUAAUGUUAUGACAGCUGGUGCUGCUCCGCCCCCUUCGGUUCUCUUUUCAAUGUCCCAGCGUGGCUUUCGUGUAACACACACCUAUGGGCUCUCCGAAACAUAUGGCCCUUCUACAGUUUGCGCAUGGAAGCCCGAGUGGGAUUCUCUACCCCCUGAAACCCAAGCCCGUCUCAAUGCUCGUCAAGGCGUUCGGUACAUAGGCGUGGAGGGCCUCGACGUUGUCAACACUCAAACCAUGGAAUCAGUCCCGGCUGAUGGAAGCACGGUGGGAGAGAUUGUGAUGCGGGGCAAUCUUGUAAUGAAGGGCUACUUGAAGAACCCGAAAGCCAACAAGGAGGCUUUUGCAAAUGGAUGGUUCCACUCGGGGGACCUCGGAGUGAAGAAUCCGGAUGGGUAUAUUGAAAUAAAGGACAGGUCGAAGGAUAUUAUAAUCUCUGGUGGUGAAAACAUCAGUAGCGUGGAAAUUGAAAAUGCUCUGUACACUCACCCUGCAGUCUUGGAAGCAGCGGUGGUGGCGAGGCCGGAUGAGCAGUGGGGAGAGUCACCCUGUGCUUUUGUGACGUUAAAGCGUGGAAAGGAUUGCUCAGAUGAACCUCGUUUGGCGGAAGAUAUAAUGAAGUUUUGCAAGUCAAAACUUCCUUCUUACUGGAUUCCAAAAUCAGUGGUGUUUGGGCCAUUGCCAAAGACGGCAACUGGGAAGGUACAGAAGCAUUUGCUGAGGGCGAAGGCAAAGGAGUUGGGUCCUGUGAAGAUGAGUAGGUUGUGAUCUUGAGAAUCAGGUGUUUGGUGACUGAAUAAAAUGUGGAUACGGGGGAGCUUUCCCCUCUCACUAUAUUAUUCAUAAUGGUUUAGCUGUAGAAUCUUCUCUUCUAUGAAAGCUCAUGCGCCGCAUAAAAACUGAAAGCUUGUAUUCUUUUCUGAGGCUUGGCCACUUGGGUGCGCAUUGUCUGUGUUAAGAGCUCUCUGUCUCUUUCUCGCGCUGUCUCUCUGGAAACUCGAGAAAAUCUAUGUAUUGUAUUGAAGAAAAGUUGUGUUUGUUUUUCUUUUCUUGGGCCUUAUACCACUCAAGCCAUGAUUCACUACCGUUAUGUCUUAGGAGAAGCGUGAGGAAAAUACGCUGGUACCUUUUACUGAAGGUAAAACAUUUUAUGGUUGCACUGCGUUUGGUUUGCAAAUUAGGAUCAGAACGGAAUGGGGUUGAAAUUUAUGUUUUGGAUUCUCAUUUAUCUUGUUUCUACCAAUUAGGACUAUUGUAUUUAGGUUUCUGGACUCUCAUAUCAUUCAUUCUAUACACAGCUUUCAUUUUGUGAAUCAAAAA